GUUUUGCACACUAUGUGUAAAAAGCCAAAAAAAGAACGUUUUUACCGAAGGCUGUAGCAACUUCAGAACCACGACUUUGGAGCGGCAUGCUUCAGCAGCUGACCAUCGCCAGUCGGUACAAGAUGAAAUCUCAAGGUCAACUCUAUCGAGAAUGGUAAAAAAUCAGUUUAGUGAGAACGACAGUGCCAUAAUCCAUGCUCUACGAACAAUAUAUUUCUUGGCAAAGCAGGACAUAGCAACAUCCAAGUACCCAGAUUUUGUUGAUUUUUUGAUACAGCAAGGCUGCAGUGAUCUUGCGCCAAUUGCAAAAAGCUACCAAUCCUACACUAUUACCAAAGACUUUCAAGAGAGUAUAUACGAAGUGAUUCUCCGAGAUAUGAGAAAAAAGCUGACAGAUGCAGACUAUAUCUCUGUGCUUUGUGAUGAAUCAUGUGACAUUACUAGUACAAAAAAACUGAGUGUGUAUGCGAGGAUAUCAUCAGGCUGUAAACCAGAGACCAUUUUCUUAGAGAAUUGUGAAAUACUGGAUGGGAAAGCAGACACCAUUGCAACAUCUGUCAAAAAUCUCCUGACAAAGUUUGAAGUGCCGCCUGAUAAGGUAGUAGGACUAGGAAGUGACGGUGCAUCGGUUAUGACCGGAAAACACAAUGGAGUCGGUACAAGACUAAAAAGAGAAACAAAUCCACAGCUCAUUCAACUGCACUGCAUUGCUCACCAACUUGCACUCGUGUCUAGCCAAGCAGCCAAUGGAGUGCCAUAUUUGAAGACCUACCAGGAGUUCAUGACAAAUAUCUACUACUGGUUCAAACACUCCGCCAAGCGCAUUAGUGGACUGGCUUCUCUACAGGAUGUAUUAGAUGCUCCCAAGAUCAGGAUAAAGGAAGUACAUUCUGUCCGUUGGUUUAGCUUUUAUAACAGUCUAGAUGCUUUGUAUCGCUCUUGGCAAUCUUUGGCAAUGUUGUUUGAGCAACAGGUUGCUGAAAACGGCAAUCCACAGUCUAAAGGUUUCUUGAAAACCAUGGCAACAUCACAGUUUCUUCUUGUGACAAGCUGUCUUAUGGAUAUCAUCCCUAUAAUUACACAUCUAAACAUGAUAUUCCAAAAAGAAAAUCUGGAUUUGGCUGUUGUAUCCCCAGCUGUUCGUGGUGUGAAAAAUCAACUGCAGGAAUUGCUACAGACACCUGGAGCUCAUGAACAGGCUACAAAAGAAGAUCUUGGAGAAACCUCUCAGUCAGAGUCCUACUACAAAGGUGUGAAAAUUAGAGACACUACACAACUGAGGAAUGGUGCAGACUCUGCGAAAACUUCCUUUAUCAACAAUCUCCUGGAAGAACUUGAUAAGCGGUUUCCAGAUAAUGACCAGUCAGUGGUUUCUGCCCUAUCAGUUUUAGGUCUCAGAGGCAUCAGGUUUCAAAAUCAGGAUGCCCAAGCUGCUUUUGGAAAUAAGGAAUUGGACGUUGUCAUUAAACAUUACGAGGACAAGUAUGUUGAUGGCAAUGUGGUCAAACAGGAAUGGGCAAUACUGAAGGAAUUGGUCCUGGCAAACACUUACAGUUGUGACAGUAUGAAAGAACUCUGGGAAAUUAUCAACGCAUUUCAUAAGGAGAAUUUCCCUAACUUGUGCAAAUUGGCUGGCAUAGCACUUGCCCUCCCAGUGCAUACUGCAGACGUAGAACGUGGCUUUAGUGCUCAAAAUAUAAUCAAAUCUAGCCUUAGAAACAGACUGAUCAGUGAAAACUUACAAAUGUUGAUCGCCAUAAAACUUAAUGGCCCCCUUUCUCAGGAUUUUGACUUUAGAAGUGCUCUAAGUGUGUUUAAAACAAAACGUCAAAGGCAUUUCUCAUGAAUAUUGAUGUAAGAGACAAUAAUGACAUUUGUGGUGUAAUGACAUUACUUUAUUGACAUUACUACAUUGACAUGACAUUAAUAAUGGCACUUCUGGUAAUCAUGCCUAAGAGUGUUUCAAAGAGCAAAUGUUUUUUUUUUUUUUUUUUAAAGAAUAAAACUUGUUUUAUGGAAACAAAAAAUGUUGUUUAUGAUGUGUCCCUUGUUUUGAACCUUGUGUCUCAUAUUUUUAUGAAACAGGAGACACAUGUCUCU